GGACCAUCCACAUCGCCCACCGCUGCUGGCAACGUCGAGCCCAGCCAAACCAAGCCCAGUCCACCCGCCCGCCGGUCGUGCUUGAGACUGCAGAGACCAUGUCGAAAGAUCUGGAUGAUGAAAUUCUGGCCCUGGCCGAGGAGCCCUCGGUCCGGUCAAAGAAGCGGCGAAACAUCUCAAAUGACUCCAGCUCCGAAGAUGAGUCGGACCUUUCCGACAGAGAUGAAGAGAACGACCCGUGGGCUGAAGUGAGGAAGUGGGGCGAUGACCUGAUGGGUGACGAGGCCGACCGGGCAUACCUGAACAGCCUGACGGAAAUGGAUCGAGAACUCACCCUGGCAGAUCGUGCAGCCAAGAGAGAAAUCAUGCGAGAAUCGCUCGAGGUCCAGCUCAAGCUCCAAACAACUCAAAAGAAGGAAGGCGACCGACGGGACGGGCCCAGCCGAUCGUCCGCACGCAAGGGGUCCGAUAAGGAGAAGAAAUCUCGAACCUUGUCCGUGCUCGUUCAAAAGCGAGAUAAAAAGACAGAAAAGCCCUCGCAUGAUGACGAGCAUCCGAAAAAGAAGGCACACACCUCGUACAACACCGACUCCAACGACGAGAGUGAUCACAACAUCGAUCAGGACAGCGACGACAAGAUGAAUCCGUACGAUAUCCGGAGCGAAGACUAUCUCGCCCUUCAGAUUACCCGCGAGAAGAUGGAAAAAUGGAUUCACACCGACUUUUUCGAGCAUGCUGUCGUCAACGGGUUUGUACGGGUGUCUAUCGGACAAGACAAAGGCAAGCCUAUCUAUCGUAUCUGCCGGAUUGAAGAGGUCGUCGACCUACCCAACCCCGUCAAGCUCCGGCACAACGACACCAUGGUACUGAGGGCCCUUGUCCUCAGCCACGGCAACUCAAAACGGCAGUUCAACAUCGAUGCCAUAUCCAACCAGCCAUGGACAGAGUCUGAAUGGAAUCGAUACAAGGGCACUUGCAUCAACGAUAAAGCGGAGUUAUUGAGCCGCAAGGAUGUUGACGAGAAGGCCAAGGCUAUUCAGGAGGCCGAAAGCCACAUCUUCACAGAGAAAGAAAUCACCAACCUCACCAAGCUCAAAAAGUCCCUCUCGCGCAAGCCCAAGAACGUUGCUGUCGAAAAGAUCAACCUGCACCACGAGCUUGACAUUGCCCGGGCCAGAAACGACGCUGAAAAGAUCGAAAAGCUCAUGGAGCGACUGGAGGAACUCAAUGCCCUGACCCAGGAGUCCGAUCGCACGCGAACCGACGAGCUGGCAAAGCUCAACGAGCGCAAUCGAUCCAUGAACAGAAAGGAGAGUCUGCAGGCCGAGCUGGCGGCUCUGCGCGAGAAGCGGCUUGGCGGCGCGGACUCUUUGGAUCCGUUUGCCCGUCGAAAAACGGCUCCGUCCCACGUCGUAGGGAACGAAGACCAGGCACUCGACGAUGGAUCCAAGCCCGCGAAUGGCGCAAACGGCGCAGCGUCGCAUGAACUGGCAAGCAUGAAUCCUUUUGGAGCGUCCAAGCUUGAUGCCAUCGCGACCAGCGCAGAUGACUUCCUCGACAAUCUGGAUAUCGCCGAGAUCGAGGCCGAUUUGUAGAAUUGGUGUGAUUCGCGAAACUGCAUUUGCCCAUCCAUCGGCGGCUGCUCAGGGCAUCCAGGUCUAGGCAGUCCGGUGUGUUGUCUCUGGCCCCAUGUUCCCUUCCGUCGGCGCCGGUACUGGAGUGGAAGCCGUCUCCGUUCACGCCAAAGACAGAGUCCGCCACAGUGAGGUACAUGCUCCAAGUGCAAAUAAACCAAAAACCUUUGGGUCGAGACUGGCCAGAAGCUUUCGUCCGCUCGCAGGAAAUCGGA